UAAGAAACGUCGCAAGAGUGAAGUCGGUACACGCUUGUGUUGUUAGUAUUGAUUUUCAUUCGUUGAUGUGUUUUGUAGUAAAUAAAGUGAAAUUUUAUAAGUUUCUGGCAUUUCUUAAAGUAAUUCAUACAAAAAUGGCUUCAACAAGUUCAAGUGCAGUGGGAAUGUUGGAAGAACGACGUAUAUGGGUUGGAAAUUUAGAUCCACGAAUAAGCGAGUAUCAACUCUUGAAAAUUGUGCAAAAAUGCGGUCCUAUUGAAAAGUUUGAUAUGCUCUUUCACAAAGGAGGCCCUAUGGCGGGUCAAUCGAGGGGCUAUGCAUUUGUUACCUUUAGUUCAAGCGAGGGCGCUGCAACGGCCUUGGACAAAUUAAAUGGUAAACCUGUACUUAAUCGUCCGAUUGCUAUUAGGUUAGCAAAAAAUGUAAAUUAUGACGAGCUGGAGCGUCCGAAACCAAAAAUAAAAAUUCCCGCAUUAGGUACGGGGAAACGCGAGGGGAAAAUUAGUAAAGAAGAGGCGAUUAGGGCCAUUGAGCAAAAGCUGAAAAUAUUGGAAAAUCAUGCUGAUGACGAUUUAGAAUUGGACCAAAUCGGCAGCAGCGGUGGGCCACAAGUUCCGCUUAUACAAAAGUAUCAAUUCAACAAAGAUCGUGAUAGCAGCACAAAUAUGGCUAUUCAGAGACGUCAUUACCAUCAUAAAUUGAAUGCGGGACCGUAUACAAGGCAUCAAAGACCAAAAAGAAGAUAAACAUUUGUUUUAUGUUGGAUUGAUUAUACAUACACAAAUAGUUGUAAAACCAUAGAAUAAUUUGAAUUACCAAAAAAUAAGAAAACUAUAUGUGAAUUAUUUAUUU